AUGAAAAACUUAAUUGUGUCUGAAAUUGGAGAGAAACGAUUCACUAUACAGGUUGACUCCACGCAAGAUGUUGGAAUUGUAGAUCAAGCAACAGUAGUUGUGAGAUUUGUGCAAGAUGAAGCCAUUAAAGAAUGCCUUGUGGUGACUCUCCCUGUUAAAGAUGCUACAGGAAAAGGCUUUCACAAACUUCUAAUGUCCUGUUUUGAUGCACAGAUUGCGAAG